GCUGAAGCACCGCCUCCCGCCGCCUCGGGCGCUGCCCAGGGCUGGGCUGGCGCUGGAGGCGCGCCGCGGGGCCCACCCGAGGAGUGGAGCGGAGCGGGCGCGAGGCUGAGGCGCGGCCGCAUGAGCGGCCUUCAGAGCCUUGGAAACAGAUUCUCAACCCCGGUUUCGAGAUGAUGGGAUUGGGGAAUGGGCGGCGCAGCAUGAAGUCUCCACCCCUCAUCCUGGCUGCCCUGGUGGCCUGCAUCAUUGUGUUGGGCUUCAACUACUGGAUUGCCAGCUCCAGAAGCGUGGAGCUCCAGAUGCAGAUAGUGGAUUUGGAAGACCGGGUCCGCAAGGCAGCUGCGGACCGAGGUGCUGUCGAGAUGAAAAAGAAUGAGUUCCAGGGUGAGCUUGAGAAGCAACGAGAACAGCUUGACAGAAUCCAGUCCAGCCACAGCUUCCAACUUGAGAACGUCAACAAGUUACACCAGGAUGAAAAGGCGGUUUUAGUGAAUAAUAUCACUACCAGUGAGCGACUCAUCAGAGAUCUGCAAGACCAGUUAAAGACACUUCAGAAGAGUUAUGGCAGCCUACAGCAGGACAUCCUCCAGUUCCAGAGGAACCAGACCAGCCUGGAGAGGAAGUUCUCCUAUGACCUGAGCCAGUGUGCCAACCAAAUGAAAGAGGUGAAGGAACAGUGUGAAGAGCGGAUAGAAGAGGUCACCAGAAAGAGGAACGAAGCAGGCCUUUCCAAAGACCAAAGUAAGCAGCUCCAGACCCUUAGCAAGCCUCAGCCUGGGCUGCAGAAAGACCUGCCGCAGACACAGAUGCCACAAGGGAAAGGACAUGUGCCCAGCAAUAAGUCUCAGACACAAGCCCCAGGUUCUGAGGUGGUUUGGAGUGUGAAGCCACCAGGACAGAAUGAGGGAAUGAACGAGAUCCAGUUUGUCAGUGAGGAAAAUCCCCAGAGAAAUGGUCUUAGGCCACCGCAGGCACCAGGCAAAGAACAGGCCAUUGUAGACAACACACCUGUGGACAGAAGCAGCUUUGGGAGAGCUGGACAACUUGGUCAGACCACACAGGUGCCAGCUGCCCUGUUGGCUGAUCCUGAAAAUCAGGAUCAUGAGGAUGCUGAACAGGACCAGCUUGUCAUCCGAGGCCUACAGGAGAAACAGAAUGCUGCUGAGGACGGGAGAAACCAGGAGAAACUGAUUGAGGAUGAAUAUGUAGAUGAAAAUGAAGCAGAAUCUGAAAAAGAGAAGCAGGCAAUCCUCGCAGGGAAUGACAAAAAUAUAAAUGUUUUUAAGGCUCAAGAUGAGAAGAAAGGCACCGUAAGUUUACCUGAUCACCGUGAAAAGCAGGGUCAUGCUGUGCUUCAACUGGAGCCAAUGCUCCCUGACAGGCCCGAACAGAGAUCACUACAUAAGACUCGUGAGUGACCGAGUAUGGACUACACUGAAAAAUGUAACAAGGUGAAAUGUACAUCAACUGAUUAUUGUGGGGCUCUCUUUAGCAAGAAAACCAUAUUAGUUUGGGGUGCUUUUAAAGUGUCUACAAUAGGAUGUCAAUGUUGGUGAAACUUUAUUGGCUAAUAGGUAUUCCUUGAUCAGGACAACACCAAAAAUAGAAAACCGGUUCUCCUUUUGGUGUGGGGACAGUAGGGCUUUGUCAUUCUACAAUGGAUAUAAAACAAAGCAGCUUAUAGCAGAGUUUACCUAUGUGGAGAAGCCAGCUGCAGAGAACCAGUUCCCCUUCUCCACUUGCUAAGUCAGUGCCAGCGCCAGCACCAGCCAGUUUCCAUUCUUGAGUGAGUGGCUCAUGCUCUCCUGCAGGGACUUUCGAUUUACACCAUCAGUGGCCUAGAGCUGACUGUCAGCAUAAACACCACUAGUCACAGCUUUAGACCAGCCUCAAUACAAAGCUGUUUUGUGUGAAAAAUGUUAAGCUAACCAGGUGUAGUAGCUCACACUUGUAACUCAAGGACUCAAGAGGCUGAGGCAGGAGGAUUGCUGUAGGUGCCAAGCCAGCCUGGGUUACAUAAUGAGUUCGAAACCAGCCUGGGCAACAAAGAAACCCCGCCUCAAAACACCAGGGGGGAAAACGAAUUUAAAAUGUAUUCUUUGUUCUUGUUGUACAAAACAUCAUUAAUUACUUAGGAUUUGAACACCUGUGGAUUCUACCUUGUUUUGUGUGUGUGGGCAAAGUGAAAUCCUCUCUAGUGAUUAAACACAUCACCAAGAAAAGCAAAGAUUGGAUUAGACUCUGAACAAAACCCUGAAUGGCCAUGGCAGAGCUCAGACAGGGAGAGACAGGCGAGGAUGGGACCUGUAACUGCUUUGUUACUACAGUAAAAAAGUUAACGGGGGUAUCCAUGUUAUGAGUUGGAACACUCAAGACAGGCAAAGGGAAAUGCAGUAGCUAUUUCUGCUGUAGUUGACAUGCUGUUUGAAAGUCAAAGAUCAAUGUUUGUUUUGAAAAUGUCUUGUAUCGUAGUUCAGAGAUGGUAAUGGCAUUAGGUCUGACUUGAGUAGGUUCUUGACACUUUAGUAAGUGGGUUUUUAGCACAUGCAGCUCACUGGCAGUCACACUGAUGACUUCCUUUCAGUGAUGCUACCUACAGUGAGAAAAUUCACAGGCCUGGAGAUGCAUGGGACUCAGGAAACAUUUGGUUAAGCCCCUUGUUUUCAGCAAGGAAAGCAGGGCUCAGUUCUGGAGACUCCAGCAGGUGAAGUGUGGUGCCUGGACUCAGCAGGCCAUGAGAUGCCUCUAGCCAAAGCAGGGCCUAUUUGUGUUCAUGUGACAGUCUCCAACUGUGAUACUUUUCUUUUAGAUACUUUUCCACUCAGGAGAGACAGGGGUAUGAAGUAUGCUGUUAAGAUUUUACUGGAGUCCUUUUCUGACCUUCCUUUCUGUUCCAGUCUUAGUGUUGACAUGAAUUCUCUCUUACUUUGUCAGUUUAAAGUCUUUAUUCAUCUCAUGCUUACAGUUGCCGAGUUAGUUCAACUUUCAAGGCUGUCUCCACAGGUUCCACUGUUUUCAGCUGUUUUCCCUCCAUCCCUCUCUAGAUCCCUAAAGAAUCAGCUUUUCAUGUGACUAAGGGUUGUGGCUGCCUCAGUUCUUUCAUGAAAUGAAACAGGAUGUCAGCAUAAAUAAAAAUAACCAUGCUGCGUCCCCACCUAGCCCUUGCAGUCCUUCUGGAAGACUUCUACCUAAAGUUUAGCUUUUACUGUCAAAGCAGAAUGGUGGUUGAGGGGUAUGAAGGAUGAUGAAUCAUGGCUGCCUUUUUCUACAAUGAAAAUAUUAGACUAUAGUAAAUUAUUAUCACUUCAAAAAGAAGUUAUAAACACAUUUAAGAGUAAUUCUGUGGACUUAUCUAAUAGUCUACAACUUUUUUUUCCUUGCAAACAGCAAUCUUGACAUAAUAAUCUCCUUGCUCUGUUUAUGAGGGGCUUAUUCAAAUUUUUCCAGAAGCCCAGUGACCUACCUGUCUUGUUAUCAAACCAAAGCACUGCAUCUUCCUUGAAGGUUGUCUGGUGUUUGAAUUUUAAACAGAACCUGCAAGUAUUAUACCUGAUUCAUAAUAACCUCUAGAUCCCAAAGUUGGUACAUGUCUGGGUAAAUGGAAAGCAGUAUUAGUACAGACCACUCUACAACUCCUCUGGUGUUCUGCUGGGGUUGUUCCACCUAGUGGUUAACAAACAAAACAGAAGACAAACCUUAGUGUCAACGAAUGCACAGGUGGUUUAAGUUUUCUCCUCCCUAGUCAUUUCAUCUCUUUAAAAUCAUCUUUUAAAACACCUUUGGCAAGUUUAGGUAGUUCUUCACUGCAAAAGUACCCAGAUCCAGUGCCCCACUCUAUCUAGACGUGGUACAAUGUUGCACAACCAUUUUUCCAUCAUACUCUUCACCUGCCAGACCUUCAAAUUUUUCUUGUGACACAAAAUCCCAGUGGACUUUAUUCUUUGUACUGCCUUCUUCCUAUCAGAGCUCUGUUUUGGUUUCAAGUACCUGGAAAUUACUGCCCAAGCAGUGCUGAUUUCCUUUGAACAAAUUAAGCAGAACUAGCAUGUAUACUGUUUUCUGAGUUCUGAAGUUUCAAGCUGUUUAUUGGUUAUUCGAGGCUAAGGCAAGAGUUAAAGCACUCUUGACAGUACAGCCAGAACACCUCAGAGUUGAUCAGACAAGUCAGGAAAGCCCUCUAAUAUAGCAGCCAAGUUCAGUCAGGCAUACUUCAAAGUUAUUCUAGGAAAAAGUUUUAAUGCAUUUUCAAGAAAGGUGUCACAAAACUAGGUAUAGUUCACUGAGUGUCUCUCUAGCGUAUGUGUGAGGUCCUAGGUUGCAUCCUCAGCACCACCAAAGAAAGUACCAAGUCAGAUCAAAGUUAAGACACUAAUUCUCAGGAUCCUUUUUACCAUAAGUCAAAUGAACUGGAACUAGUCUUAGGCCAAGCCACAAAGCCACUUUAAACUUCAGGGUAGCAAAGUACCGCUCCCUGCAGAGGACAAAAAGGAAGGUCCACAGGCUUAGACAGCAGAUGUGGCAAACAAAUGCAGAGAGAGCAAGAGGAAUGAGCAGCAAAGAAAGGCUAGGGCCUUGCGUUCAGCACUCUUAGGCUGAAGUCAGUGGAUCUGGAACAGAACCUUUACUUGAAGACAUUUCAUGGGUUAAACUGGAAUAAAAAGAGCACAGCACAUUUAAACCUAAGACCCACAGUUUAACCAUCUAUACAUUUCUACUUUCCUACCUGUUCAAUGUCACCAGCAAACAUGCUGUAUAAUCUCUUAAGUGUCAAAAGUAACAGUUAAAGGACUGUGUUUCUUCUUAAAACAAUGAUUAUAGAUCCUUACAAAUGUGUUGUGACACAAAAUCACAAUCCUCAUGUAGAGAUACUCC